AUGGAUUUCAACGCACUUCUUCAACAAGCUCAAAAGCUUACUCAUGAAACGCAAGUUUCGGAUGAUUUACCGCGGGUUGAGCGAACUCUACCGCAAGUACUGCAAGCGACACAAGAAUUGCACUCGCGCGUAACUCAAACGGGUGCGCAGGAUAUGCAAGCACAUAUUCUGCUAGGAUCGAAUGGAAUCGAUUUGCCAAAAAUAUCCCAAAAGCUAGAAACGCUCAGCUCCCGUAAAACGUUUGAACCAUUGGAUCCAAUUGCCACGACAGAUGUACAAAAUUUCCUUCGAAACGAAAAGGAAAACGCUAUAUUAGCCGUUAUAGAGGAAGUGCAUAAAAAUUCUUAUCUCUCGGCUGAAUCGCAAAAAUGGGAUCAUAUGAUGAACGAUUGGAAACAAGAAAAGGUGAAGCUGAUGAAUGCACUGAUUGGACCGUCACAAAAUUGGAUAGACAUUCGGAAGGGUCCAGAACAGACCAUUUUAAACGAAACUACUUUCGGUGGUAGGUCCUCGCUGAACAGCCAGGAAAUGGCCUAUGCUCGAGAAGUUCAUGAAUAUAAUAAGCUGGUAUGUGAAGGAUCGAUGCGACCGUCGUUGAUACAACGCUUUGCGCAAGUUGCGGUGAGCUUCAAUGAUUCGCGCGUCAACGAUGUAUGGGAAGUUAUGAAAUACAUGACUAACGUGACACCGAUUCCUCGAAGCCAAGAUCCAAUGAAGGUGCGCUGUUCGCAGCAUCUUUUUAUCAAUCAAGCGAAGCGUUACUUGGAAAACCGGUAUAAGUUGUUCAUGCAAACCGUCAUUGCGGACCAUUUACGUGAAGCGCGACGUGGUGGUGUUCCCAGCGUGCUGAAUUUGGUGGGCUCUUUUGUCGGUCUUAAACUAACCACGCAAGGGUUGAAUUCUUCCUUUAUGGGCCUGCAAGAUGGGCAGAUUGAUGGAAAACCCCUUUGGCCCAUGGUAUAUUACUGCUUACGCUGUGGCGAUUUAACAUCGGCUCUGAAAUGCAUGGAAAUGGCAGGGCAAGGUCACGAGGAUUUGAUUGCUGUGUUGGAAGAAAAGUGUCACAACCCUGAGCAGAAGAUCAAUCCCAGGUUGGAGCUGCAAAUACGUAUGCAGUAUAAGCGGCAAAUACGCAAUGCAACGGACCCGUACAAGCGGGCGGUGUAUUGCAUUGUAGGCUGUUGUGACAUUCAGGAACCGCACGCCGAUAUCGCCAAGACAACGGACGACUUCCUGUGGAUCCAGCUUUCGUUAAUACGCACUGAGGGUGACGAUAGCUCUGAACACUUGACAUGCUCCGGAUUACAAAGCAUGAUCUUGGAGCAGUACGGCGAAAAACACUACAACGCCGCUGAGCAGCCACAUUUAUACUUUCAACUACUCGCUUUGACCGGGCAAUACGAAGCUGGUAUUGAAUUUUUAUCUCGCUUUGAUAAGUACCGUGUCCAUGCUGUCCACAUCGGGUUGGCGCUUAACGAGUUGCAUAUGAUUGGUGGUCCUCGUAACCUACAGGAACCUCUCUUAUCGGUUGAUUUCGAGGAUCCGCAGCCGAUGCGUCGUCUAAAUUUGGCUCGUCUGAUAAUGCUGUAUGCGAAAAAGUUUGAAAUAACGGAUCCUCCGGAAGCGCUGCACUAUUUCUACUUCUUGCGUAACUUGAAGGACAGUGAGGGACGGAAUUUGUUCCUCGUUAGCGUCGCGGAUCUUGCCAUCGAAUGCAGGGAUUUCGAUCUUCUUUUUGGGCGAAUGCAACGCGAUGGAAUGCGUUCACGCGGUUUGGUAGAUCAGUUCGAGAGUGUUCACAUCGAUGCUCGGACAGUAUGCGAAAUGGUUGCAGAGAAGUUCGUAAAGAAGGGCAUGUUCGAGGACGCAAUCAGGAUGUUCGAUCUGGCUUCGCAGCAGGAACAAGCACUUCGUUACACUUCCAUAUUGCUCUCGCAAGUCGUGCACCAUGCAAACAAAGAGGGCUCACUACGCGAGCGUGUACAACGGAUGGCGAAUGAUUUCACGGUACGUUACACGGGCGCGGAAAAGAAUUGUGACCCUCAGACAUGGGCAACAUUCAGUUUACUAAAGGAGCUGGCUGCGUUCUUCGAUUGUUACCACGGGAAAAAUCACCAAUCCGCAAUGGAUAUUCUCGAGCGCAUCAAACUGGUCCCGUUGCGAAUGUCCGAUCUGGAUGCGGCAGUGAAUAAUUUUAAGCGCCUUUCGGGCGAGGUUUGCAAAGUCAUCCCCGACCUGCUGUUGGCCACUAUGGAUAUUGCUUUCACGAAGUAUAAAGCCAUGAAAGGAAAAGACGUUGCCAAGUUCGAUGAUCUCGGCAAGAAGAACCAACUAGGCUAUCUACGCGAGCAAGCAAAGGCCCUCACAAAUAUGGCCGCCAUGGUGCCGUACCGUAUGCCCGGUGAUACGAAUAGCAGACUUAUUCAAACAGAAAUUCUUAUGCAUUGAAAGUGAACUACAUGCUGCCU